AUGGAGGAGGUGCAGCCGCUGCGCAAGGUGGACGCAAGCGGCGAGGAUGUCAGCGUCCCGCCAGCUCCGAUGGCGCAGGAGCAGAGCUGGCGCUGUGGCAGCGUUGUCGACAUCACCAUCACCGUGGGUGUAUGCGUGCUGUACACCCUGGUCGGGCCGCUGCUGAUCCUGAACAACAAGUAUCUCCUCACCUCCGGAUUCCCAUAUCCCAUCGUGCUCACCAGCCUCACGCAGGCCGCCACCGUCGUCUUUGCGGUCGCCGCCGCGCUGCUCUCCCGCAUGCGCUACAUCGAGUGGGAGAUGCCAAGGAGAGAGUUCGACGGCACGCUCGUACGCGCGUCAGUCAUCGUCGGCUUCGCCACCGCCACCUGCCUCUGCGCCGGCAACAGCGCGUACCUCUACCUUUCCGUCUCCUUUAUCGAGAUCCUCAAGGGAUACGCACCGCUCGUGACGAUGAUGAUGCAGGGCUGCUUCGGGAUCGGGUACCCGGAGCGGAAGCCCGUCCUUGCGGUCCUCGCCAGCUGCGUUGGCACGACCAUCGCCUCUGCGGGCGAGGUGCACGCGUCUCCCCUCGGCCUACUCGUCUUCUUCUCGUCCAUGUACUUUGAGGCGACGCGCCUGAUCCUGACGCAAAAGCUGCUCGGCCAAUACAAGAUGCACGUGGUGGAGGCGCUGCUUUACGUCUCGCCCGCCACGUUCGUCUUCACCGCGGCCGCCGCCGCCACCAUCGAGCUGCCCCGCUUCAAGCCCGAGGACAUCCGCAACCCGCCCACCGAGCCCUUCUGGGUCGGCAUCGGCCUGAGCUGCCUGCUGGGGUGCCUGAUCAACCUCUCCUCGUUCCUGGUCAUCCAGCGCACGAACGUGGUGAUGCUGAAGCUGCUCUCCAUCUCGCGCAACGCGGGCGUCAUCGUGAGCGGCGUCGUGCUCUUCGGCGAGGCCAUCAGCCCGAUGCAGGCGCGAAUCUCCAAUAGUCCCCUAGAGUUACUUGGGGCGCCAGAGGGUCCCGCGUGCGGCUGCGUCAUCACGCUCAUCUUUUUCGUGGUGUACAACUAUCUGCAGGUCACGGCGGCGCAGGCGGCGGCGGGGGCAAAGUUGUGGGUGGAGAGCAGCAGUCUGGACGGGCUCCCGCCUACCGACGACGACCCGCCGUCGUCGACGACGCCCUCGGGCAGCGCCGGGGAGAAGACCGAGCCGACCUCGACGCGCUCCGGCUUCGGCUCGCGCUCCGGCUUCGCCUCUGGCAUGUUCGGCUCGCCAAAGGGCAAGUUCUGCUCGUCAAAGCUGCUGUGCGUCAUCUUCACCGUGGUAAUCGGUCUGGGCUGCUCGGCCUUUGCGCUCUCCUCGCACGGCUCGGGCGGCGUCUCUGAGCACCUCGAGUCGAAGGUGUUCCUGCCCAACGCGACCCCGGUGAGCGCCACGCCCUCCUCCGUCCGCCACGAGACUUCGUCGUCGCUGCUGGUGGUGGUCACUGGCGUCUGGAAAAGCGAGAGCUCUGAUCAAAAGCACGUGCCCACUCUCCUGUAUCUCGACACCAUCUUGAACAACUAUGUGGCAGCCUGCGAAGUCGGCUUCCGCGUACAUGUGGUCCUAACCACGUACGCACCGCACUUGCCGCACACGACGCGGAAAAGCUGGGAAGACCUCGUCGACUUCGAACGAUACUAUUGCCAGCGGAUUGAGGCCUCGAUUCCGAUCAGCGUGGAGCACUUCGAGAAUAGAGGCCUUCCCGCCGGCGCUUUUGGGACAGCAGGCGACCUUGCUAUUCGCCACCGUGAGAUUUUCAUGCGGCAGCGAAUGAAUUUCGACCUCUUUCUGGUGCAAGAGGACGACAUAGACAUACGGCCGCGUACCCUGCUCUAUGCAGAGCGGUGGAUACAGAGAUUCCAUGGGACGCCGUUCUGGCCAGUCUUCCUUGACACAGAGGUAGCAAAUAAGCAGCGCUUCGCUGAUUGGCGCCUCAACGUUCUCGACCUGUUUUAUUCCCACAAUGAUCUUUUCGGAAAGGUCGUCAUGAGCCCAGGGUCCUCCGGCCGAAGCUACAUGAUCACGUCGCACAUGCUGGGCAGAGUCGACGCCACCAAAUGGAUCGACCCUAGCAGGGUCCGCGGAGAGUUCAACCCCCACGUGGCAAGUAGCAAUGUCUUGGUGGAGAUGGGAAAGACGAUGGUGGCGCGCGAGGGCGGCAAGCAGCUCUUCCUCCUCACCAAUUCGGGCUUCGACAUCUAG